GGAAGCGGGGCGGCCGGAAGCUGCCGGAGCCUGGGCUUGGGUUGGGGGGCCAUGAGCAAGCGCAAGGCGCCUCAGGAGAACCCCAACGGGGGCAUCACCGACUUCCUGACCGAACUGGCCAACUAUGAGAGGAAUGUAAACAGAGCUAUCCACAAGUACAAUGCCUACAGGAAAGCAGCAUCUGUAAUAUCCAAGUAUCCAAGCAAGAUAAAAAGUGGGGCUGAAGCAAAGAAGCUGGAUGGCGUAGGAGCUAAAAUUGCUGAAAAGAUUGAUGAGUUUUUAUCUACUGGGAAAUUACGUAAACUGGAAAAGAUUCGACAGGAUGAUACAAGUUCUUCUAUCAAUUUCCUGACCAGAGUUAGUGGCAUAGGUCCUGCUGCUGCCAGGAAACUUGUAGAUGAAGGAAUUAAAACGCUGGAAGAUCUAAGGAAAAAUGAGCACAAAUUGAACCAUCAUCAGCGAAUUGGGUUAAAGUACUUUGAAGACUUUGAGAAAAGAAUUCCUAGGAAAGAGAUGUUGGAGAUGCAGGAAAUCAUAAUGAACGAGGUAAAGGAAGUGGACCCCAAAUACAUUGCUACUGUGUGUGGCAGUUUCCGCCGAGGUGCAGAAUCAAGUGGAGAUAUGGAUAUUCUCUUGACCCAUCCAGAUUUCACUUCGGAAUCCACUAAACAGCCAAAGCUUUUGCAUCAAGUUGUGGAGCAACUGGAAAAGGCCCACUUUGUUACGGAUACGCUGUCGAAGGGAGACACCAAAUUCAUGGGAGUGUGCCGGCUCCCAAGCAAAGACGAGGGAACUGAGUACCCGUACAGGAGAAUUGAUAUCAGGUUGAUUCCCAAGGAUCAGUAUUACUGCGGAGUUCUGUACUUCACUGGAAGUGACAUAUUCAAUAAGAACAUGCGAGCCCACGCCUUGGAAAUGGGUUUCACCCUGAAUGAGUACACAGUCCGGCCCGUGGGCAUCACCGGCGUCGCUGGGGAACCCCUCCCUGUAGACAGUGAGAAGGACAUCUUUGACUACAUCCAGUGGAAGUACCGAGAGCCAAAGGAGCGGAGUGAAUAACUGCUCUCCUGAGCCCAGAUGUGCUGAAAGCCCUUCGCUUGAGUUGAGGAGUUGGCAGCCUAGCGCGGGACCAUAAUUUAUUGCUUAUGCCCAGUGUGUGACGGGGGGAGGGGGCAGGGGGGUGCGUGGGGCUGUUUUUAAACACCUUUGGAGCUUCAGACUAGAGCGUGUGCGGUAACAAUUAAAACACCAGCUGUUGUGUGUAAAUGUCUGUCUUUAAAAUAAAACUACUCUCCUUCCCCUUUGCAGUAUAA